UGCCAUGCGGCGAGAGCGACGUAAUUUUUCUAUUCUACAUUUUGUAUAGAAUAAAAAUAACAUGAAAUUGAUAAAUUGUAACGUAUAACGUGAAAUUCAAAAAUCAAAGAAUUUGUAGAGAAUUAGAAUAAAUUGCGAAAUAAGAGAGAUAAAGACGAAUCACGUGAAUUCGAAUAACAGAGAGUGACAGAAAGUGGUUAAACUCCAAAUGGUUUUGAGAUUUUAAUUGACGAUGGCUAAGGUGUUGACUUUACUGAAGACGAUACGUAAUAACUGGAAGAAAUCUGUGAUAGGAGCCGCGGCCUUCUCGUAUGGAAUAUCAUACGGUAAACAAGCAUACGAUACAGAGCAAUUAAUGCGUCAGUGUUGUGAAGAAGUAAUCCAAUACGGAGAUGCUUCUUGUUCUACAAAUAUUAGACCUCGCCAUAUGACUGUUAUUUUAAAUCCAGCUGCUAAAAAAAGAAAGGCUAAGAAAUUAUUUCAGAAGUAUUGCGAGCCUCUAUUACACUUGGCUGGUAUUUCUGUAAUUAUCAUUGAUACACAAUCAGGAAGCCAUGCACGUAAUACGAUAACGAAUUUAGAAACACCUACCGAUGCGAUUAUUGUAGCAGGAGGAGAUGGUACUUUGUCAGAUGUUAUAACUGGCUUGAUGAGGAAGUAUGAGCACAAUCUUCAUUCAGCUAAACAAUGUCCUAUUGGUGUUUUGCCAUUGGGAAACACAAAUACAAUCGCGAGCAUAUUUUAUCGAGGGUAUGAAGAUUUAAUUGACGUACGCCACAUGAUUGAUGCAACAAUGGCAAUUAUUAAGAAUAAUCUCAAAUCGAUAGAUGCUAUUGAAAUCAAAUUACUGAUCAAUGAUUCUGAAAAUCCCAUAAAACCAAUUUAUGCUGUUGGAGGCAUAGAAUGGGGAGCUUGGAGCGAUACACAUGCACAUGUUGACAAAUAUUGGUAUUGGGGUUCCUUACGCAAAUAUGCAGCCUAUGUGUUUAAUGGUUACAAGUCGAACUUGACUUGGAAGUGCAAUGCAUUAAUGAAAUAUACAAAUCCUUGCAAAGGAUGUUCAUGUUGUUAUUCCAAAGAUUUGUCUUACAAUCAAUUUACGAAUUCGAAUAGAAGAUGGUGGCAUGCAUUUCUGCCAAAGCAGCAAACGUUUGUUUCUGACAAUCACGUCGAUUAUAGUAAAGUAGUGAAUGAAGAUUGUGGUGUAUUUCAUGAAAUGCCUAUUUCAACAACAGAGCUAUGCAUAAAAACCGAAAAUGUAUCAGUUCAAUCAAUGCCUUUAUUAAAAAUAACUUUAGAUGAACGAAAAUCAAAUGUUUUACAUUGA